CAGCGGCAGCUUCCCCUUUUCAGUCCUGUUCCAGGCGCCAGGCUCCUUCCCCCGCAGAGUCUCGGAGGAGGGGACCACGGAGCCAUGGCCUCCCGCACAGCUGCCAUCCGCCAGACCUGCUGCUGCUUCAAUGUUCGGACAGCCACCAUCACCCUGGCCAUCUAUCAUGUGAUCAUGAGUAUCUUGUUGCUCAUCGAGCACUCGGUGGAGGUGGCUCAAGGCAAGGCCUCCUGCAAGUUCUCGAAGAUAGGCUACCUCAAGAUCGCUGACCUGCUUUCCAGCUUCCUGCUCAUCAUCAUGCUUUUUAUCAUCAGCCUGAGCCUGCUGAUCGGUGUGGUUAAGAACCGGGAGAAGUACCUCCUGCCCUUCCUCUCCCUGCAAGUCAUGGACUUCCUCCUGUGCCUGCUCACCCUGCUGGGCUCCUACAUCGAGUUGCCUGCCUAUCUCAAGUUCACUUCCCGGGGCCGGGCUGGUUCCUCCAAGGUCCCACUGAUGACCUUGAAGCUACUGGACUUCUGCCUGAGCAUCAUGACCCUCUGCAGCUCCUACAUGGAAGUGCCCACUUAUCUCAACUUCAAGUCCAUGAACCACAUGAAUUACCUCCCCAGCCAGGAGGGCCUGUCUCAUAGCCAGUUUGUCAAGAUGAUGAUCAUCUUCUCCAUCGCCUUCAUCACCGUCCUCAUCCUAAAGAUGUACACAUUCAAGUGUGUGUGGAGGUGCUAUCUGCUCAUCAAGUAUAUGAACACGGAGGAGAGGAGCAGCUCCAAGAUAUUCCAGAAGGUGGUGGUCCUGCCCUCCUAUGAGGAGGCCGUGUCUCUGCCGUCCAAGUCUCCGGAGGGGGACUCAGCCCCACCCCCCUACUCAGAGAUGUGA